AUGCCUAUCUUGUUCACCUUCUAUGUGUUCGAAUGCUAUGAACAAUUGAAGACACUCCAGGGAAAGAAAAUAGAUAAUCCUUCCAUCACUGAGGGUUGGUUUGUCAAUGCUACCAUUCAUGAAUCGUAUCGAAGCGAUUCCAAUGAAAAUGCUUGCGCCAACACUUUCGACACAAAGACAGACCACUCAGCUCAUGACGAUCUAUGGGGCUUAGCUAUAUGUGUUUUCUUUCCAAUUGUCCCAGGUACCGAACUUCGAGACCAUCAUUCAGGUAUUCUCACCAAAAGUCCAGACCAAGAUGCUUGGCUAAAUAAGGUUGCCAUUGAACGCCAACUGAGCAUGAGGAUCAAAUCUGAUUUGACCGGCACGAAUACAAAAGCCCGAUACAUUUGA